AUGGCUGAUAUUGUAAGUAAGCAUCAGGUUACCUUGAAGCUUUGGGUAAACAAAGAACGCAACAAAGUUUUCUUUGCCAAGGCAGAAAAGGACUUCGUGGACGUUCUGAUUAGCUUCUUAACAUUGCCGUUGGGCACCAUUGUAAGACUUGCGAACAAGGAGUCUAAUAUGGAUCUAGUUGAAUUUGGCUCACUGAGCUCACUAUAUAAAAGUGUGGAAAAUCUUGAUAAUGAGUGUCUAUGCACAGAUACGUGCAAAGAAAUGCUGCUGCGACCGAGGAACUCAUUGGAAGCUUACUGCAGGAAUAUGAAGCUAAACAUUGACGACACAGAACCCACCAAGUACUUGGUAUGUAACGACUUGGUCAAUUGUCGACACUACUACCCGGUCUUGUUGAGCACCUUCAGAAAUAAAAGGUGCAGCUGUGGGAACACAUUGGGAAAACCGAUUUCUCCUGAAAGUCAAUGCUCAAAUGUUUUUGAUGGUUUUGUCAAGAGUAAUGCUACUUUUAUGAUCACGGACGAUCUGAAAGUUUUGUCAGACUCAUUGAAUACUAUCCUUUCUGUACUUAUGAGCUCUGGAUUAGAGAACGCGUCUUUGCUGACUGAAAUGACAGUGUCUAUAACGAAGACCCAGGUUUCUUUAUUUACACUGCCUUAA